AUGGGUAUCCAUGGGUAAGUGGCUCACACACUCCUGUGCCACCGACUUCCACUGACACUACACUUCAUCGCAGCAUCUUCAAGGAAAUCGGGCCUGGACAGCGUAUCUCUCUCCUCAAGCUGUCGUCAGACCACUUGGUCGCCCACAAUCGCCCUUUCCGCCUUGCGAUCGAUAUCUCGAUCUGGCUCUUCCAGAUUCAGGCCGGCAAAGGAGGCUCCAAUCCUGCUCUCCGCACCUUCUACUACCGCCUGCUCCGCCUUUUGUCAUUGAACAUCCAGCCCCUCUUCGUUUUCGAUGGACCAAACAAGCCGCUCUUCAAGCGCAACAAGAAGGUCGGAGGACCCGGAGUCCGGGUAGCAAGUGUACCGGAGUUCCUCGCGAAGCAACUCCUGAAGCACUUUGGGUUCCCCUGGCACGUCGCGCCUGGAGAAGCAGAGGCAGAGUGCGCUCUGCUGCAGAAAGAGGGCUUAGUAGAUGCAGUCUUCAGUGAGGACGUGGACACGCUGAUGUUUGGAAGUCUGGUCACCUUGAAGAAUUGGAGCGCAGAGGGGAGCAGCAAAGUCCCAACGCACGUCAAUGUCUAUCGUGCGGCGCAGACGAAAGAGAAGAGCGGUAUGGAUAAGGAAGGUAUGGUUCUAGUUGCGCUCAUGAGCGGCGGCGAUUACAUUCCUGAAGGCAUACCUGGAUGCGGCCCCAAAUUGGCUUGCGAUGCCGCAAGAGCAGGAUUUGGAAAAGAGCUCAUCACGCUAGCGAGCAAGAAGGACACUGCCGGACUAAAAGAGUGGAGGGAGAGAUUUCAGCAUCAGAUUCGCACCAACGAGGCUAAAUUCUUCUCGCGGAAGAAUUCGAAGCUGGUCAUUCCAGAGGAUUUUCCAAACCAGGAAGUUUUUGGCUACUAUACACAUCCAUGUGUCUCAACACCGGAGAGAGUCCAAAAGUUAAAAGAUAGUUUGAAGUGGGAUUCUGCGAUAGAUUUCGCUGGUCUAAGGGACUUCGCUGGCGAUGCUUUCGAUUGGAGAAAUCUUGGAGGGGCGAAGAAGUUCAUUCGUAACUUAGCGCCCGCAAUGUUGGUCCGAGAGUUACGACUUCGGGGUGAUGAAGACCUGCAACUUGAUCCGGAGGCGCAAGAAGCACGCGAGAAGGAGCUUGUCACAGCCAUCCACGGAAAGCGGAAUCAUCACACCAGUGAUGGAGAGCUGGAGUACCGGAUAUGCUUCGUCCCACACAAUCUUGUGCCCAUUGACCUGAGUAUCGAGGACGAGGACGACGAUUUCAUUCCCGCUGGCGGGCUUGAGAGCGACGUAGAGAGCGAGUUUGCGACCAUUGCUAGCACUACUGCUGACGGGGCAGUUGACCUGACAGCACCAGCUUCGCCAUCGAAGAGAAAACGUACGGUAAAGCCAUAUGAACCCGAUCAGCCAGAGAAAAUCUGGCUCGUCCAUAGCUUUCUCAAGCUCGGGAGCCCGCUCCUGGUCGAAGACCACGAAGCGAGCCUGCGAGAUCCGAAAGCACUACUCAAAGCUAGAAGACAGGCUAAAGCUGCGACCGCCAGCAGCUCGAAUAUCCAUGCUAAGAAGCCGACAAAGCGAGCAACGAAGAAACAAAUCGAUAUGCCUCAACAUGCCCUCAUGCAACAUUUCACGGUCGUCAAGUCUUCUCAAGAAAAGCCGAGUACGCAAGAGCAGCGAGAACCGUUGAAAACGCUUCGAGCUGGUGCAAAUGUACGAGCUAAGGCGUCGAGACCAAGAUCUUUGGAUGCCGACGAAGUAGUAGCAGAGGUCUCGCGCUUCGUCUUUCCACAGACAAAAGCGUUGUCUUCUGGCCUACUUCCACAGGGGGAGAUAGUGGAAGUUGAAGAUGAUGACGAGACACCGAAGCCUCGCAAGCAGGCCCCAGAACCUGCAAAGACGAGGGAUCGUCCAUUCCUGGCCUUCGCGGCGAAGAAUAUCCAGAAGCGGGCAGAGCCACACAGGACUCCGCAGCGGCGUAAGAGACGCUCGCCCGAUGUGGCUUCACCUGCGUUGAGCCAGAGGACCAUUGACUCGUACUAUUCACCCUCCCCUGGGAAGGCUUUGCAUCAGCAGUCCGAAAUUAUCGAUCUCAUCUCUUCUUCGCCUGUAAAACCCGAUCCGCCACGCGCCGGCACUCCAACACCAACAAACCCUAGGAUGCAAUCAGUUCGCGAAGUGGAUCUUGUCGUCGGCGCAAGCCUAGACUACUCGCCGGGAAAGCUACCUAGCUCCGUGACCAAACGCAGGAAAAAGGCAUCUUUGAAGAGACAUCAGACUGCACCGCCGCAAGGCGUUGAGGACGAUCUGGAUUUUUCCCUGCCUACGCCGACGUCCAGGCCUUCGACUCCUGAUGUAACAUCAGUCGAUCCGAUGGAAGCAAUGGAUUUGGCAAGCCCUCCCUUUGACAACUUUGCAGAGGCAAGGGGCUUCUUGAAAGAGGCGGCAUCACUCUCAAUGCCAGGCAAGGCACGGUUGAAAGCGCCCGUAACUUUACCAAUGGUGCCUCCUCCCGCCCCGGCUAUAAAAAUAAGUAAGCCAAAGAGCACUGCAAGGUCUUCGAAAGCUACGAGCAGGCCAGAUUCCUCCUCUACUCAGGCUUCUGCUGCACGUCGUUCGCCCCGUCAGCACUUCCAAGUCACGAAGAAGCGCAUCCAACUCCGCGAGAGUCUCGAAGGAUCAUGGAAGGAGGUUGACGACGAGACUGAGACACUGGACCUCUCCGGCGACGGCAGUGGCUUCACACAAAGCAAAGGACGAGCGAAAUUGGAAGGACGGCGAGUCAGUGGAAUUGAGAUUUUGGAUUUGACUGGAGCAUGA